AUGGCAUUUGACCCAACACCUGCCGAGCGUGGCGUCUACCAUGGAGGUCGUCUAAAGGGCGCAGAGUGUACCUGGGAUGCAAAAGGCUCCAGGGUGGACAAUGUCGUCGUAUUAGCGAGCCGGGGUGUUGGUGCUAGUUGCAGAUGUCCGACAAUGCCCCUAUGCCGGCCGGAGACGUGCAGUAGCGGCAACGGAGGUGAAAGUACUUUUUUGAAUUUACUAUUUAUAAAGGGUGGGCGUGAAACCAUGUUCAUCAAAUCCGCGUCUGUGUCCAUGUCCAAUGAAGGAACCACCUACUCCCGCCCGAAAGGAAAUAUUCAAUUCCUCAAUUCAGUUCCAAGCUUCCAGCCCUCCGGGAUGGACUCCCACCACCCCUCGCCGGAAUACAGCUCGCUCCUCCUCGCCGGCCCUCGUGCUGGCGCUCUGAAACAAGCUCACGCGCGCAUCAUCGUCACAGGCCACAGUCGCUCCCUCCCCUUCAUCACCAAGCUGGCCACGCUCGCCGUCGCAGCUGGCGCCGCCCCGUACGCGCACCUCCUCGCGACCUCCCACCCCGCACCCGACUCCUUCCUCUUCUCCUCCCUCACGCGUGCGGCCGCGCACCACGGCCUCCCGGUCGCCGCUAUUGCCUUCUACCGCAGCCUCCUCUCCGCCGCCCUUCCUUUCUCCAGUUUCACCUUCACCGCCGUCGCCAAGGCCUGCGCCGACCUGUCCGCCAUCCGAACCGGCACGGCCAUCCACGCGCACUCCAUCGUCCUCGGGUUUGGCUCGGACCGUUUCGUGCUGACGUCGCUUCUUGUGCUGUAUUCCAAGUGCGGCCAACUGGGUGUUGCACGCAAGCUGUUCGAUGCAAUUCGUGAUAGAGGUGUUGUCGCUUGGAACGCGAUGAUUUCUGGGUACGAACAGAAUGGGCUUGCCGAGCGGGGGAUCGAGGUGUAUAGGGAGAUGCAGGCGGCGAAGGCGGUGCCUGACUCCAUGACGUUUGUAGCCACGCUCUCUGCUUGCGCACAGGCUGGUGCACUGGACUUGGGGCGUGAAGUGGAGAAACGUAUUGUUUCUGAAAGAAUGGACAUCAGUGUGUUUCUUGGCUCUGCUCUUGUGAACAUGUAUGCCAGGUGUGGUGUUGUGGACAAAGCUCGCAGAUGGUUCGAUGCGCUCCAGGAGCGGAAUGUGGUUACAUGGACUUCCAUGAUCGCUGGAUAUGGAAUGCACGGCCAUGGUCAUGAGGCGAUCAAGCUGUUCCAUUUGAUGAGACGCGAGGGGCCGCCACCCAAUCAUGUCACGUUUGUUGCUGUUCUAUCUGCAUGUGCACACGCUGGGUUAGUCAUGGAGGGUCGUGAUGCUUUUGACUGCAUGAAGAGGAUCUAUGGACUGGUCCCUCGUGUCGAGCACUAUUGUUCUAUGGUUGAUAUGUUUGGAAGGGCUGGACUUCUUGAUGAAGCAAUGCAAUUUAUAAGUGAUUAUAUGCCUGGAGAGCCAGGGCCUGAAGUUUGGACAGCAGUACUUGGGGCAUGCAAGAUGCACAAGAAUUUUAUUCUUGGGGUGGAGGUGGCUGAGCGAUUGAUUGCUCUCGAACCUGAGAAUCCAUCCUACCAUGUUUUGCUUUCUAAUAUUUAUGCUCUGUCUGGUAAAAUGCACCAUGUUGAGAAGGUGAGGAAUACCAUGAUUAAGAGAAGAUUGAAGAAGCAGAUAGGAUUCAGCUUGAUUGAGCUAGGAGGUACUUCCCAUUUAUUUCGCAUGGGUGAAAAGUCUCAUCCACAGACUACAGAGAUUUACCAGUACUUGGAAGAACUGAUUCAUAGGAUUAGUGCUGCUGGCUACAUGCCUGAAACUGAGUCAGUUCUGCAUGAGUUAGAAGAGGAGGAGAGAGAGGGUGCACUUAGAUAUCACAGUGAAAAAUUGGCAGUAGCAUAUGGGCUCAUGAUGAGCGUUGGGAGCACCACUCCUAUCAGAGUAAUAAAAAACCUGAGGAUAUGCGGGGAUUGCCAUCUCGCCAUCAAGUUUAUGUCAGCUGUGGAGAAUCGGGAGAUUGUUGUCAGGGAUAAGCACCGUUUUCACCAUUUUAAAGAUGGCAAGUGUUCUUGUCUGGAAUAUUGGUAA